AACAGAAUGAAUGUGACUGAAUUUAUCCUGCUGGGACUGACACAGAAUCCUCAGAUGCAGAAGACCCUAUUUUUGGUGUUACUUAGCACCUACAUUGUCACUGUCACAGGCAGCCUGCUCAUUGUGGUUACUGUCCUCUGCAGCCAGAACUUGCACUCCUCUAUGUAUUUCUUCCUGGCUUUCCUAUCUUUGAUAGAUGCAUGCUAUUCCUCUUCCAUAAUUCCUAAAAUUCUAGCUGAUUUGUUUUUGGAGAGCAAAGCCAUCUCAUCCAAUGGCUGCAUGCUGCAGCUUUUUCUUGAACAUUUCCUAGGAGGUUCAGAGAUUGUCCUUCUUGUGGUCAUGGCCUAUGACCGCUACGUGGCCAUCUGUAGACCUCUGUACUACAUGACGCUGAUGAGCCACCACAUGUGCUGCCUCCUGGUGGGGCUGUGUUGGGCGGCGGGUUUUCUCCACUCUUUGGGGCAGAUUCUAGUUAUUAUCUGGCUCCCAUUCUGUGACGCCAACACCCUGGAUCAUUUCAUGUGUGACAUUUUCCCCCUGAUACAGCUUGCCUGCACAGACACCUUCCUCCUUAGUCUCUUGGUUGCUGCCAAUGGAGGGGUAACCUCCAUGAUCAGUUUUGUAAUGUUGUUGGUAUCCUAUGUGGUCAUCCUGUGCUCCUUGAGGACUCACAGCUCUGUGGGGAGGAAAAUGGCCCUCUCUACCUGUGGCUCCCACAUCACAGUUGUUGUCUUGUUCUUUGUGCCCUGUAUCUUUAUGUAUCUGCGCCCAGUAGCUACGUUUUCCAGGGAUAAAGCAGUAACUGUAUUUUAUACCCUUGUGACUCCCAUGUUAAACCCCGUUAUCUGCACAGCAAGGAAUGCAGAUGUAAAAAAUGCCAUCAGAAUGUUACUAAACAGGAAGGCGAUUUCAGACAAUAAAUGA